AGAGACGCACACUCAUUGUCCUUGCACUUCUUCUCGCCAGAGCCAUCUCCCAUUAAGCUGCACUAAGCAGACUCUUCCUUGUCACAGCCUCAUCAUCGCAGGCUGAAAUAGGAGGAACAUUACAGGCACAUCGCUGCGGUCUCCUCAGAAGGCAUAGAGCUUCACAGCAUCCCUCCAGGCUCCACAAUGGCUUCCCAAUCCUCAUCGUCGGCAACGACGCAAUGGGCUUACCGGUCGCAAAAAUCAAUAGGCCUCCUCACCGGACCUCCCUCUUAUGCGCCCGUCUCCGGCUUUGACCGCGAAGAGGCAGACAGCUCAAAUCAGACUAGGGUGUUCAAGUACAGCCCCGAUGGAAGAUGGGUGGCAAUGGGAAUGGAGAACCACCUUCUCCUGCUCUCGACGUCGGAUCCCACUGCAUCAGUUCGUACACACACUAUCCCGCUACCACGAGUCGUAGACCUCGCCUUCUCGCCCAGGGGAGGCUACCUCAGCACAUGGCAACGCCCAUUCAAGGACGAAGAGGGUAACAACGUGCCCAACCUGCGCCUAUGGCGUACAAGCGAUGGAGCUGAAGUGGGCGCAUGGGAGCGCAAGAGCCAAGAGGGAUGUCACCCACAGCUCAACGAGGAGGAGACCUACCUCGUGCGCCAGGUCUCGACUGAGCUGCAGGUCUUUGAGCCCAACGCUGUGCAAGCCAAGGGCGUCGUGGGGAGACUGAGAUUAGAAGGCAUGACCAGCUUCGAGCUGGGAGCUGGCUCAAAGCCGGUAGUCGCUGUCUUCUGCGGGGAGAAAAAGGGAGCCCCGGCCUCAGUGAGAGUCUUCUCCCUCGCCUCCCUCAUUCCUUCGCCAGAGAAUCCUCCAGCUCCCGUCUCGCAAAAGACGUUUUUCAAGGCAGACAAAAUUCAGAUGAAGUGGAACAAGGCCGGAACUUCCCUUCUGUUCAUGACAUCGACCGAUGUGGACAAGACCGGCAAGUCGUACUAUGGAGAGACAAAUCUCUAUAUGAUCUCCUCGCGAGGAGACUUCGACUGCCGAGUAGCCCUUGACAAGGAAGGUCCUAUCCAUGACUUCGAAUGGUCUAGCAACGGCCGGGAAUUCAUUGUCGUCUACGGAUACAUGCCGUCCAAGGCUACGCUGUUCAGCUUCCGGGUCAAUGUCAUUGCAGAACUUUGCUCGGCUGCCAGGAAUACUGUGACCUUCAACCCUCAGGGCCGUCUCUUCUGCCUCGCCGGCUUCGGUAACUUGAACGGAAUGGUCGAUGUCUGGGAUCGUCAAAAUCUGGGCAAAGGAAAGCUCUUCACAUUUGACGCUAGCAACUCUAGUGUACUGGAGUGGAGCCCAUGUGGAGAGUUCAUCCUCACCGCUACCUUGAGCCCUCGCCUGAGAGUGGAGAACGGCAUCAAGAUUUGGCAUUGCACUGGACAAUUGAUUCACGUUGACUUCAUCGACGAGAUGUACCAGGCCGGCUGGAGGCCAGGAUGGAGCACAGCUACAGCCCAAGGAGCUCGCGACCCUCCCCCUUUCCCUGCUGAGCUGCCAGCUUCGCCUGCGCCGAGCGCGGCUGCCAAGGAGUGGCUGGACAAGGCGGCUGCCAAGCCUCAACGGCCCGCUGGUGCUUACAGGCCGCCAGGAGCUCGAGGAGCAGCGGCCAGCACUGCGUACAGCCGAGAGGAGGACUCGCUGGGUAGCAGUAGUCCCUCGAGACCUGGUGCAGGUACCAAUGGCCACGGAGCCUACGUUCCCGGCGCCAACAGGGGCAAGCGCCAAGUCCCCGGUGCACCACGGCCCAAGGAGAACCAGAGCAACGGCAGUGCGCCUGGUCCUGGUACGCCCACUGGACCCAAGGGCGGCAAGAAGAACAAUGCCAACAACAAGGCCAAGAGCAAUACGGGCACUCCCACACCUACCGCUCCUGCCUCUCCUGGCCCUGGAGCCCAGGUAUCCCUAGGCUCAGAAGCAGUCGACGCCUCCUCCUCCUCCUCCUCCGCUCCCCCCGCCACAUCUGGUGCGGCAGAAGUAGGCGGGAACAGCCAAGCGGUUGCUCUAGACAAGAAGUUGCGCAACUUGACCAAGAAGCUCAAGGCGAUUGAGGAUCUCAAAGCUCGGCGGGAUGCGGGGGAGAAAUUGGAACAGACGCAGAUGUUGAAGAUUGCUAAUGAGGGCGAGUUAAGGAGGGAGUUGCAGGCGCUGGAGUAGAUGAGAGGAGCGAGGGAAUUGAGCAUUGGGGGAGAGGAGAGAGGAGGAGAGGAGAGGCGACCGGAGGCGAGGGGAGAGGUAGAUGUCGCGGCAUGGAGAAAGCAUAGCACAUCCUACGGCACAGCGGUAGUUUUGGCCUUCUCAUGUGCGCUUGCUGUCCUCACAUUGCCGCUGCUGCUGCUGCUGGUGGUGCCGCUGCUGCUGCUGUCACCACCUAGUGUGCACCGCACCGCACCGCACCGCACUGCCCACCCUUGUACCCUACUUUUCCCCAAAUCUCCCAUUCUCCCAUUCUCCCAUCUCCUCACCCCACUCAUGACAAUCCACCAUACAUCACAUCACAUCACAUCACGCCGCGC